AAAUGGUUGACUCAAUUUUUCCUUUCAGGUUAUAAUCGCUCAAUUUGAAUAUAAUGUCGUUCCCAAAAUGUAAGAUUUGCUUCGACCGCUUUUCCGAUACCGACAGCGAACAUAUUCCAAGAAAUCUGACUUGUGGACAUGCUCUGUGUCACAAAUGUAUCACAGCGAUGGUGAAUAACAGUACUGUAGAAUGUCCAUUUUGUCGAACAGUAACAAACAUUGUAAAUAACGACAUUACAAAGCUGCUCAAAAACUUUGCCCUGAUUGAGGUUAUUGAGGAUGCCAGGUAUAGUUUGAAUAAGAAGGACGUUGUGGUAAGCUGCAUAACAGAAGGUUUGCUAAAUAGUAGUUUUGGUUAGGUUGUCAAUUCGAACUCCCCUCCGAUGUGCAAAAACCAUCCACACAACCUGGCCGAGUUCGUUUGCGUCACGAGCGGCUGCAAAUCUCAAUGUAAACUAAUGUGCCGCACCUGUGAAGAAUUCGGAAACCACAAGGGGCAUACCAGAGGCUUGUUGCAAGAGGAAGCAGCUAAAAUGAGAACGGUCCUGAACAAUUCAGAAACUAAACUUGAAAACUUCUGUGACUCAAUUCAAUCUUGCAUUGAACAGUACAAAAAUGCUCAACGUUCUUUUGAAUCUAGUGGAGCUACGUACAAGGCAAAAGUUAAAUCGAUUGAAGAACACUUCAAGAAAAUUAAAGAAAUGGUAGCACAGCGGGAGAAGGAAACUCUUGUGGAAUUGAAAGAUGCAGCAGAUUGCUGCCUUGACGACAACAAAAAGAAAAUGGAAAUUCUAUCCGUAGGACAUCAACGUUUCAAACAAAAGCUCACUGAUAUGAAAGAAUUUCACAAUAUCAACCAAGCCGGGCUGCUCAGCAAAGAAUCUCAAAUCAUGGAACUUGUGGAAAUGGCAAAAAUUGCAACGCAAUCAAAUGUUGUUAACGCACCUCAACCAACCAAAAUGGAUGACAUAACAAUCAACCUUGCGUCUUUCAAUUUUGGAAAAUAAAAUAUAACGGAUAUUCUACUUAUAUGAUUCAAUAACCAUUCAUCUAAAAUUAAUUAAUGAUAUUUUCCAACUUUACUGUUUUUUUUUUACUAAAUGAACAUUGUUUUAAAUUCUUAUAAGUUAUUCAUUUGACAGCCAGUUUAUGAUUUUCAUCCAAAUAAAGUCUUGACAACAUGAA